AUGACGAUAGUAAAAAAUACGGCAAAGAUAUUUAUCCUUAAUAAACGAAACUUCGGAAGCUCGUAUUUAAAUAAAAAAUUAAAAACAAUACAUGAUAGGGCUUUAAAAUCACAUGUUGAUUAUUUGAGAUCAUUGGAUAUAUUAGAAGGAAAAAAUCGAAGUAUGAUAAAAGAAAUUUAUCCAAAUAAAAAAAGUGAAAUAAACGAUUUAUUUUUUGAAAGACAAAAUGAACAAGUAGAUGAUGAAAUAAAUUUAUUAGAUGUCGAUUUAGGAAAAAAUAAAUAUCAACAUGAAAUGGGAAAUAUAAUAUUAGAUCAAUUUGGAAGGAUAAAAAUAAUUCAUAAUGAUAUAUUAGAAGAAGAAGCAGAUUGUAUGCUAAUACCAAUGGUUUCUAAUUUUAUCCCACUAAGUGGGUUUGGGGCAUAUAUAUUACAAAAAGGAGGUAGAGAAUUAGUAAAAGAUAUUUUUAUAUCAAUAAAAAGUUUAAUAAAAAAAAGAAUAGAUAUAUUAAAUGAAAAUAAAGAAAAAUAUAUUAAUAGACAAUCAGAUAUUAAUAAUGAAAAAUAUUUUAAAGAAUUAAUUGAAAAUUCAAAAAAAUUACAAACAGGUGAUUUGAUAUUAACAAAAUCAAAUAAUGUUAGUGAUAAAGUUAAAUUAUUAGCUUUUUUAAUUAUGCCAUAUUUUUGGCAAGGUAAUUGUUAUAUAUCUGCUCAAAAAUUAAGAUAUGCCUUUUCUAAUUCAUUAAAAAAAUUAAAUGAAUUAUGUAUAUCAUCAGUUAUAUUACCAGAUAUAUCAUCAGGUAUAUAUGGAUAUUCUCCAAAAAAUUCGAGUAGUAUACUUAUUGAAGAAUCUAUUGAAUCAUUAUUACAAAUAAAUAGUAUAUUACCAAUUUAUAAUAUAAAUUCUAUAUCUUUUAUUGAUAAAGAUUUGAAUACUUGUAAAAUAUUUAGUGAAACACUUGAAGAUGUAUCAAGAAAUUAUUUACCACAUAAAAAAGUAAUCCCUGCUCCAAAAUAUUGGAAUAUAGCUAAUAGAAGAUUGUUAGAAAUACCAUCAAACGUUAUCUAUUUUUGUAGAAAACAUAAUAAAAUAUCUUUUAAAAAAUAUCAUGGAAUUAUUAGAAGAAAAUAUCAAAAUUAUUAUAGUAAUAUAAGACCAUUCAAAUGGCGAGCUUCAAGAGUUAUUGAGCCAAAUUCAUUUCUUUUAUAUAAACAUUCUGGAGAACCAAGUUCUUAUCAAUAUAAUCCUAAACCAUAUUACUACAAAGGUAUAUCACAUACACUUUAUAAUAUUAAUAAAAAAGGGUUAUUAAAUAUUAGAGUUGGAAAAGGUGGAAAACUCCAAGCUCUCAAAAGGGUUUCAAACAUAUCAUUAGAGACAAAACCAAGAUUAUAA